AUGAGGGCGUCGCACCUCGCGCGCCCCGUCGCGCCGGGUCCCGCACUGGGGCGGCUGCUGCUGCCGCUGCUGCUCCUGAGCGCGCCGGCCCCGGGCCGCGCCUCCCCUCGGCUCCUGGACCACCCGGCGCCCGUCUGCGCGCAGGAGGGCCUGAGCUGUGCUGUGGAGAACAGUUCCUGCCUGGAUGACAGCUGGGUGCACCCUCGGAACCUGACCCCUUCGUCCCCCAAGCUCAUGAAGACCCAGCUAGGCAUUGCUCUCACCCGACAUGGAGACCGGGUCCCUGUGCUGCUCAUCGAGUGGACCCUGCAGACGGACGCCAGCAUCCUGUACCUGGAGGGUACAGAGCUGUCCAUCCUGCAGCUGAGCACCAACGAGCAACUGUGUGUCAAGUUCCAGUUCCUGUCCAGGCUGCAGCACCAUCACAAGCGGUGGCGGUUCAGCUUUGGCCAUUUCGUGGUGGAUCCUGGCCAGGAGUACGAGGUGACGGUACACCACCUCCCCAAGCCCCUCCCUGACGGGGACCCUAACCAUCAGUCCAGGAUAGUUGUUGUACCUGACUGCCAGGACACCAUGAUGAAAACAACCACGCUUUGUGUGCGCUCAGGCAGCCUGUGGGACCCCAACGUCACCGUGGAGACCCUGGAGGCCCAGCAGCUGCGGGUGAGCUUCACCCUGUGGAACGAGUCCACUCCGUACCAUGUCCUGCUCAGAAGCUUUCCGAACAUGGAGAACCACAGCUGCUUUGAGCAGGAACACUCAGUGCCUGCGCCCAGACAAGAGGAGUUCCGUCAGCGAAGCAACAUCACGUUCACUCUACCCAAAUUCCAACAGUGCUGUCACCACCAGGUCCAGAUCCAGCCCUUUUUCAGCAGCUGCCUGCCUGACUGCCUGAGACACGCAGUGACCGUGCCCUGCCCCGAGCCCCCACCCACCCCAGAUUACUUUGCAGACCGCGUUCCGCUGUGGGCGUACGGCUUGGUCACGGGCACCGCGAUGCUGCUGGUGGCCUCCGUCAUCCUGCUGGUCCUCUGCAUGACCUGGAAGCUCUCCGAGUCUCGCCACAGAAAGCACAGUGACAGCACCAAGAACACAGAUGCCCAGCUCGCGGCGGACCUGGCCCCUCGGCCGCUGAAGCCCAGGAAGGUCUGGAUCGUCUACUCGGCUGACCACCCCCUGUACGUGGACGUGGUCCUCAAGUUCGCCCAGUUCCUGCUCACCGUCUGUGGCACCGAGGUGGCCCUGGACCUCCUGGAAGAACAGGCCAUCUCGGAGGUAGGGGUCCUGACCUGGGUGGGCCGCCAGAAGCAGGAGAUGGUGGACAGCGACUCCAAAAUCAUCAUCCUGUGCUCCCGAGGCUCGCGGGCCAAGUGGCGGGCCAUGCUGGGCUGGGAGGAGCCGGCCAUCCAGCUGCGCUGUGAGCGCGGGAGGCCCGCCGGAGACCUCUUCACCGCAGCCAUGAACAUGAUCCUGCCGGACUUCAAGAAGCCGGCCUGCUUCGGCGCCUACAUCGUCUGCUACUUUCGCGACAUCAGCAGCGAGCAGGACGUGCCGGACCCCUUCCGCAUCACCUCCCAGUACCCCCUCAUGGGCAGCUUCGAGGACGUCUACUUCCGCAUCCAGGACCUGGAGAUGUUCGAGCCGGGCCGCAUGAACCGCGUCGGGGAGCUGGCCGGGGACAACUACCUGCAGAGCCCCAGCGGCCAGCAGCUUGGGGAGGCCGUGGAGCGCUUCCGCCGCUGGCAGAUCCGCUGCCCCGAGUGGUUUGAGCGGGAGAACCUCUGCUCACCCGAAGACCCGGACCAGCCAUGGCUGGACGAAGAGGUGCUUGAAGAGCCCCCGCUGCCUGGGCCGGCCAUCGUGAAGCAGACGCCCGUGGUGCGGGAGCCGGGCCCUGAAGGUGUCCUGGUGAUGGACGUCCACUUGGGCCGGGAAGGACAGGGGCUGUCAAGGCUGGACCUCUGGCUGCGGCCCGAGGGGACCCCUGCCACCCGGGCCCUCCGGACCUCGGUGCUCCCCCAGGAGCGGGGGCCCGCGGCCCACACGGUGGAACCCCUGCCUCCCUCAGAGGAUGGUGCAGCCAGCCGGCUGGCCGUGCUGGAGGACCACGAGGCCUGCCCCCUCCUCCCAGCCGCCACCCCAGACUGUCCCCUGUGCAGCCCACCCGCCCCCGAGGGCGAGGACGCCCGGGAGCAGCUGGAGAGCCUGAUGCUGGCCCUGCUGCAGCGCAGCAUGUGCGGCGGGGAGGGGGUCCCUGGGGACCCCAAGGAGCCGGGCACCCCCUACGAGGAGGAGCAGCGGCAGUCGGUGCAGUCGGACCAGGGCUACAUCUCCAGGAGCUCCCCACAGCCCCCCGACGGGCUCGCGGAAGCGGAGGAGGAGCCUGGCCUCAGCGCCCCGGCCACGCCGCUCUCGGCCGCAGACCUGCAGAGCCUGAUGCGCCUCCAGCGGCAGCUCCUCCUCCAAGAGCUGGGCAAGAGCUCCGGCUGGGACGGCACGGCGCCCGGGCGCAUGGACGCAGAGGGCCAGGCCCUCCCCCUCCACCUCCCGCAUCCCCAGCCCUGAGAGGCGUGUGUGCGUGUAAGCGCCACGCACCUGCCUUUGCACACACACGAAGACUCCUGAACUGCCUGCAGCCCCAGCCCUGGUGAGGCUGAGACAGUUGAGAGGCCGGCAGGCUCAACCUGGGGAGACGCCAUGUCAACACAAAACAAGAUGUAGAAAUUGGCU